CGGAGCCUGCCUGGGCUGCCAGGUCCGUGGGUCCGGCUGCCUGAGGUUGUCUUUGCCCUUGAGAAAUUUCCUGCCGGUGACCAUGGCUGUGCUGGCGGCUCUGCGCUGCGGCGUCCGCGGCCCUCUGCUUCGCGGGCUGCUGCAGGAAAUAAGAUGCAUGGGGCGAAGUUAUGUCUCAAAACCUUCUUUGAAUGAAGUGGUUAUAGUAAGUGCUACAAGAACACCCAUUGGAUCCUUCCUGGGCAGCCUUGCCUCUGUGCCAGCCACCAAGCUUGGUUCUAUUGCAAUUCAGGGAGCCAUUGAAAAGGCAGGGAUUCCAAAGGAAGAAGUGAAAGAAGCCUAUAUGGGUAAUGUCAUCCAAGGAGGCGAAGGGCAGGCCCCUACCAGGCAAGCAGUGCUGGGCGCAGGUUUACCUAUCUCUACUCCAUGCACCACUGUCAACAAGGUUUGUGCUUCAGGAAUGAAAGCCAUCAUGAUGGCCUCUCAAAAUCUUAUGUGUGGACAUCAGGAUGUGAUGGUGGCAGGCGGGAUGGAGAGCAUGUCUAAUGUCCCAUAUGUAAUGAGCAGAGGAGCCACACCGUAUGGCGGGGUAAAGCUCGAAGAUUUGAUUGUAAAAGAUGGGCUAACUGAUGUCUACAAUAAAAUUCAUAUGGGCAACUGUGCUGAGAAUACUGCAAAGAAGCUGAGUAUUGCCCGAGGGGAGCAGGACACUUAUGCAAUCAACUCUUACACCAGAAGUAAAGAAGCCUGGGAUGCUGGAAAGUUUGUAAAUGAAGUGGUUCCUGUCACAAUUACAGUAAAAGGUAAACCUGAUGUGGUGGUGAAAGAAGAUGAAGAAUACAAGCGUGUUGAUUUUAGUAAAGUUCCAAAGCUGAAGACUGUGUUCCAAAAAGAAAAUGGCACGGUAACAGCUGCCAAUGCAAGCACACUGAACGAUGGAGCCGCUGCUGUGGUUCUUAUGACUGCAGAUGCAGCUAAGAGGCUCAAUGUGAAGCCAUUGGCGCGAAUAGCAGCAUUUGCUGAUGCUGCUGUAGAUCCUAUUGAUUUUCCUGUUGCACCUGCAUAUGCUGUACCUAAGGUUCUUAAAUAUGCAGGACUGAAAAAAGAAGACAUUGCUAUGUGGGAAAUAAACGAAGCUUUCAGUGUGGUUGUGCUAGCCAACAUCAAAAUGCUAGAGAUUGAUCCCCAAAAAGUGAAUGUCCAUGGAGGGGCUGUUUCUCUGGGACAUCCAAUUGGGAUGUCUGGAGCCCGGAUCAUUGUUCAUUUGGUUCAUGCCUUGAAACAAGGAGAGUUUGGUCUUGCCAGUAUUUGCAAUGGAGGAGGAGGCGCUUCCGCUCUGCUGAUUGAGAAGGUGUAGACAACUCCUGUUGUUGGAGGAGACAACCCUAUGUGACCAGAAACCCAGCUCUGAUGAAUGUGACUCCCCAGGCCAGCUUAUAGUCAACAAAGGCUGCAUCAUUUUUUAUUAUUUUCUAUUAAAAAAUUUUUUAAUAAUAAAAUGAUCACAUCCCAAACCUUUUGAAAUUACAAAUAAAUUUUUCUUCUCCUUUAAUUUUUUGGUAAUCUUU